AUCACUGUGCGGAGAGCGAGGGGAAACUGUGCUGGAUUCUCAUAACAGUUGUCCUUACUGCUCACCACCACCACCACCACCACUACUUCUACAACGAUUACUACUGCCGGAGGGUGGAUUACGGUGCUCUUUCAGCUUGUGGGCGGACUGAACAUUUGGCAAACACUACAACGUUAAGGAAAAGAUCACUUGUUGGUUCGCCGCGCGCCACCAUGAUUGACCGAGCUAGAGGCGGCACCAACACGGGCUCCUUGGAUCUGAGUCAGGCCUCGUCCUUCCCCGGCCCACCUCAGUACCUCAUCCAGAAGGCCCAGCCACAGUAUGACAGCUACACCAACUACCAAGGCCACUACCUCGGCCACGACCAGCAACAACAGCAGCAGCAGCAACAAGUCUGCCACAACAACCACACGAUGCCUCAGUGCCAACCAUUCCCUCAGCACUACCAUCAGUACAACGAGGCCCAGCCACAGCAACCAAGACUCCCCUCAGUGCCACAGCAACAACCACAACAGCCAAUGCUAAUAUCACAACAGCAGCAGCAGCAACAACAGCAACACCACCACCAGCUACCAUUUCAGCAACUACCACAGCAAUCCCUACCACAGCAACCAUCGUCAACAGCGCCUGGUUGGACACAUAACAGCACUCAUCAGCACCAACAGCCACAGCACAACCACCUACACCAACAACAACAACAAAGCCAACACCACCAGAAUUCCCUCCACCAGAACAACCAGCAACACUACCACCAGCAACAACAACAGCAAUCGAACCCACAAAACACCAGUCCACCCACACCCACUACAAGCCAACACCAUUACCAAUACCAACAACAACAACAGCAAUCGAACCUACUUAACACCAGCAUACCCACACCCUCUACAAGCCAAACCCACCACACACACCACUCUCACGAGACCCAAACCCACGCGUCUUCUUCCCCUACGGCACUCCACCACCCACACCUUCACCCAACGGCCCAAGACAUGGCGGCCCUGGUGGAGGAGAAAGCCCGCCUUGAAGCCCAACUGAGGGAGCUGAGGGACAGGCGGCGGUGCGUGGUGUGUCUGGACAAGGAUCAAGGCGCAAUCUUCAUGCCCUGCGCACACCUGGUCACCUGCCCGUCCUGUGCCGUCACCCUCUCCACCUGCCCCGUGUGUAGGACCCGCGUGCAGUACAUGGUGCCCGUGAUCCUGGACUGAUGGCAGGCGCAGAUGGAGGGAGGAAGAAUACAGAAAAGACAAUAAAUGGAAGAAUGAUCGAAGUUGGAAGUUUUUUGUGCCGUACAUUAUCUGGUGCAUGUGAUUUUGGGCUGAUGGGAGAACAAAUUGGAGAAAAUGAAGGAGGAACAGAUAGAGAGAAGGCAGGAUGAUUGAAAUAUAGAACGGUUACUCGCACUGAAACACGGAGCAAAGGGAAGAGUGAAAGAAGAAGACUGAAGAAGAAAAUGAGACUGGAAAAAUUAUUGAAGUAUUUAUUGAAACCCAUGGCCGUGCUGGAAUGAAGGGCGUGGAGAGGAGACUCAGCAGAGUAAGGAAGAAUGUAGGCUGUGAUGAAAGUAGAAAGAAAAAAAACAUAUCAAAUUUUCUUAGAUCACAUGAUAAGGAAAUAGAGAUGCAAAGGCCCGCGACUGUCAAGCAAUGUUUAAAAAGGACAGUGUUAUGCAAUGGUCAAAAAGAAUGAUGCAGUCUUUGAGGAUGUAAGAAACUGAUUGAUUCAACUUACGCUUAGAAUCAUUAUAUUCAUAUCUCAUCCACUUGUACAAAAUUAACCGUCUACUAUUAUUUACUCUCAUAAAUUUCUAAACAAUAAUGUUCUUAAGAAUCUCAUCUGAGAAACAAAUAAAGCAUUUGACUUAUUAUAAUCUUGUAAUGGUGCUAUAACAGUUUUGUUCUAAUUUAUUGUUAUUAAUUUAUAAUACAAAAACAAAUCAACCAAAUGAAUAAAGUAUUUCUUAUGAAGA